AUGAUAACUCCCCGGUUUUCCUGUACCCAAACUCUUGAAUCAGUGGCAGUAUCGAUCUAUUGCCCAUCAGUACGAGCUUCUGAUGUGGAAAUCAAUGUCGAUGAGACUUUGUUGACCGUUCACAUAAACCCUUACUUCCUUCGUGUCAACUUUCCGCAUCCGGUCGUCGAGGACGACCAAUCAUCUGCGACCUAUGAUCCAAGCAGUGGAUAUUUGACGGUUACACUAACUAAGGAGUCGAAGGGACAAGAGUUUCCUGACUUGGACUUACUAGCAAAGCUGCUAGCUCCUCGUCAUGUCGACGACCAAAAACAUCCCGUUAUCGAAGUCAUUGGGUCUGAGCAUACCGAGCUGGAAGAACUCGUGGAUUUAACUGACGCGAUGUCCCUCGAACAGCGAGAAAUAUUGCAAGCCGCUGAAAACGACUGGCAGUUUCCCCAGACUGUCGCAGAGUCCUCUCCUCCAAUACAACUGUCCAAGAAGAGAUACUACGGGUUCUUGGAUAUGUACACUGGGUACUUCGCCCACGUUGCUCACACAGAAAACGAUGUCAAUGAACUUGGGAGUGAGGCUGAAAGUUGCUUGCUCGAAGAACGACGAACGAAAAGAUUGCAACGUGAAGAGAUGAAAUGGGACGAGGAGCAUUAUAUGGCAGACUACGUGGAUGACGAGUACAUCCAAGAACUUCUUGCCUGGGAAGAUCCCGAGCUCGCAGAUAGCGCCCAGUGUAUAUUCACCGAGAGCGAGAAUAUGACAAUGCUCAACUUGCCACGCAAAGAAUACUUGCCGACUAAAUUGCAACAGCGCAAUCUGUAUCUGACGCUGUUGACAUUAUUAUUCGCAUACGCCUACGACAGGCGCACAACACAGCGCGACCCCACCCCUGAAAGCGCCUGGACAAUUUGCUCACUCGUACCUGCGUUCUCAGCACUGGAUCCCCCUCCAUACAUAACUUCAGAAAGCGUUCCUCUAUCUAUCCCCACGUCGGGGUUCACCGACCAUGACCUCGCUUCGACCUUGACGCCGUCUUAUCGGCGUUCUCUUGCGUUCCCUCUUUACCGCUCUUUCGCAAUGGCCGAUGCUUGUCGGAAGGAUGUAGCAGCUAUUUUGGCCAAGGGCAGAAGAGUGGUCACACGUUACCUAUUGGAGAUGAAACACAUUUUGGACCAUCAUGAAGUGUAUUACGUGUAUAGCAAAAUCUGGGUUGAUGAUUUCUGUGUUUGGAUCCAAGCAUCUGCUAACGACGAGAUAAUGUUAGACAUCGCGGAGCGAUUGAAAGCUUUGACCAUUACGAAAUCGAUGAUCAGCUGGGACAUCGAGAAUCUAGAAGCUGCAACGCAUCUGGACACGACCACCUCCGACAGUGACGACGAGUCCUCCGAAUGACCUUAUGUGGAGUGCAUCUCCCCGAGCCGUGGCACGCUACCUUGUAAGCAUAAUAUAUGUACUUAGCAUCCUCCAUUAGGUUCAUUUCGUCACGUAAAAGACUUUAGUAGCUAAGGAUGACCUGGCACGGUAUGGAUGCUCUGUCUCGCUGGCGGUUGAACACGAAUUGCGACUUUCGGACCCGCGAUAUCCGCCAAUUCAGAAGAUGGUGAACACAUGCAUUAUUCAUUCAAUUCAAUUGUGCAACCUUGUAAAAUAACCUUUCGGCAAUAAGAUCGACGGGAAGCUAAAUAACUGGCAAAUCUAUCGGAAUGAUUUUACCACUCGGACUCAUGUAAUAAGCCUGUAAACUUAAGCUUAGGCUAAGUAUAUACUUAGUCUCCAACUUACUAGCUCAUUUUGCACAUGGGCCGCCUUCUCCGCAUGCACGUAGUUGGCAUGUAGUGAUCAGAGCCUCUUUGAAUCAAUAAUAAAGUUUGCCAAGGUAUA